AUGGCAGGCAACGACCUUAAUAACGAUAAUAUAAGUGUACUGGGCGAUGAAGCUAAUGAAAUUGGACGUGAGGAUACGUCGGCAAUUGAUCGAAAACUGGGUUCAGUUGGUACUCGUGGUAAAUGGACAGAAAAAUUGAUUAUAACGGAUGAUAUCGGUGCCAUAUGUCUUGCUAUCUACGAACAUGUACAACGUGCUUGUCAUCGUAUUGUUGAAAAUUCUGAUACUCAACGUAAGAUACAAACAAUAGCUGCAAACGUUUUAGAAGAAAUUAAGGGGAGUACAGAAAGUGUCCAUCUGGGUGAAACCAUUAUAUGUCAUGGUGGUGAUGACACAGUUAUCGUUAUGCAAAUGAUUACAUUGCCUAACGAUAUGGUUCAACAACGAACUCAAGAAAUUUUUGGUAGGCUCAAACAAGCUCUCGAAAAAAUUGAAGAUGUCGGUCAUGUUAUCGUACAUUGGGAAUUUUAA